UUUACCAGUUUUAAUGUUCUUUUCCAGAUGGUACCUAAGAAUUAUAAGAUCCACUGUCACUGUUUUACUGGUGACUACACAGGAGCGACCCGGUGGAUUGAAGCCUUUCCUAGACUGUUUAUAGGCCUGACUCCGAUGGUGACCUACAGACAAUGCGUCCAGACCCACAAUGUUGCACGCUAUAUUCCACUCAACAAAUUGUUGUUAGAGACAGAUGCACCAUACUUCUUGCCAAGAAAAAUUCCUAAGGAGGAAAUGGCUUUGUCCCACCCUGGUAUGGCCAUUACUGUAGCAGAGAGAGUGGCCUUCUUCCAGCAGUGCACAGUACAGAAAGUCCUCCAGGCCUGCAGGAACAACAUGAGGGAAAUGUACGGAAUCUAAAACUAAAGGAUAUUUAUAUCAAAUACUCAGAUCUUACAGAUCAAUCACACAUUAUCAUUCAAAAGAGUUACUCAGUGACAAUGAAAUAAUGUGAAAGCAUUUUAAGAACAGUCUAGGAUAUGAAUUAUCUUGAAUAAUUACUAGGUAUAAUAUUAUGAAAUUGUUUCACAUCUUUUUCUCAGGUUUUAGUCUGUAUUAAAAUAACUUAAAUCUGCAAUAUGAAUAAAUAUUAAUAUCCCUGAAA